ACGGUGAGAUCACCUCGAAGCCCAUGGUUCUUUUACUGGGGCCGUGGAGUGUGGGGAAGUCCUCUAUGAUCAACUACCUGUUGGGUCUCCACGGCACCCCCCAGGAACUGUAUACAGGUGCUGAGCCCACCACCUCUGAGUACACCGUUAUCAUGCACGGCGAGAAGUUUCGAACAAUAGAGGGCAUCGUCAUGGCAGCAGACAGUUCGCGGUCCUUUUCUCCCCUGGAGAAGUUCGGUCAGGGUUUCUUGGAGCGACUGGUCGGCAUCGAGAUGCCCCACAAGCUCCUGGAAAGGGUCACCUUUGUCGACACACCUGGCAUCAUUGAAAACCGCAAGCAGCAAGAAAGAGGUUACCCAUACAACGAGGUGUGCCAGUGGUUCAUUGAUCGAGCCGAUCUGAUCUUCCUGGUGUUUGACCCCACUAAGCUGGAUGUGGGAGGUGAGCUGGAAAUGCUUUUCCGCCAGAUGAAAGGCCGCGAGUCCCAGAUUCGCCUCAUCCUCAACAAAGCAGACAGCGUUUCAACCCAGGACCUGAUGAGGGUUUACGGGGCCCUGUUCUGGAGCAUGGCCCCGCUGAUCAAUGUCACAGAGUCCCCUCGGGUCUACGUCAGCUCCUUCUGGCCUCAGGAGUACGCUACAGACACAAGCCGAAAGCUCUUCAUGAAGGAGGAGACCUCCCUGCUGGAGGAUCUCAACCAGGUGAUCGAGAACCAGAUAGAGAACAAAAUUGCCUUCACCCGCCAGCAUGCUAUCCGUGUGCGCAUCCAUGCCCUACUGGUGGAUCGGUACCUUCAGACUUACCACAGCAAGCUGGGCUGGUUUGGAGACCCCCACGAAGUUUUCCAAGACAUCGUGAAUGACCCUGAUAAGUACUACAUCUUCAAGUCCAUCCUGGCGAAGACUAAUGUCAGCAAGUUUGACCUCCCCGACAAGGAGGCCUACAAGGACUUCUUUGGAGUCAACCCAGUGUCCAGCUUCAAGCAGCUCUCCCAGCUCUGCAGCUGGACCGGCGGCUGCCUGCUGGAAAAGAUGGAGAGGGUCAUCUCACACGAGCUUCCGGCUCUGCUCAACACCGUCAGCAGCAGCACGGUAAAGGCCGGACCGACACCCCUGAACUCUCUGCCUGACACCUGCGAGGGCCCGGAGUGUGAGGAGAAACCCAAAAACCGCUGGAGGAGGCAGUAAGAUGAAGGAGAAUGUUACAGAUGAAGACAUGUGGUCAAACAGAAAGUUUCUCAAAAGAAAUAUCCACUGGUGUGGAUUUCCAAAGCAGCUGUGGGCAGAGACAGAUUUAAUCAGUAGAAAACUGAAACAAACAACUUCUUGUUUCUUACUUGUUUUGUUUUAAUCUGUUAAAUUGACCUAAUUAACAUAUGUGUCCAACAGGUCUUUGAAAUUUCUGAAUGUAUAUCCAACCACUGCCAGUUACUUUAAAGAAGCAGGUUUUUUCMAUAUUCUUGACUGUUCUGAAUACUGAAAAUAGGGCUUUUUUUAAACCGUUGAUUGUCGGCAACGGAAAGACACUUGAGUUUUUUGUUUCUGUUUCUUCAUCACUCAUCCUCAGUAUUAUAUAUAGAGAAUAUUACUAGCACUACUCCCUCUGGAAUGCAAAGAUGGACGUAUACGUUAYGUUUUAGGCCAGUUUUGCAGACGAGGCUUAGAUUAAGACAGGAGUAAGCCUAAUCUGGAUUUGUUAAACGUGGGCAUUUAAGACGCUUGCAUGAACGUGGCUUAACUUUGUUUUAGUUUUAGUUUUAGUUAGUCUGAGACUGUGCAGUCCUGGAGCAAGCCUAAUGAGAAUAUCUGCAUCAAGCCUCUCUGAUCACAGCCUGUUGUACUGUUGCUCAAGAACACCUGAAAUGGAAUUGAGGACAGCAUUUCUGGAGUGACUUUACACACCAAACACACCAAACACACCAAACACACCAAACAACAGCUGAAGCUGUAAGAACUCACUCACACACACACACA